AGAUGCACCGCACGCCCGGGCUCCUAACGCUGUGGCUCUGCGCGGUGCUGCGCGCUUCGGCGCUCGCAGGCAGCGACCCCCAGCCUGGCCCGGGGCGCCCUGCCUGCCCGGCUCCCUGCCAUUGCCAGGAGGAUGGCAUCAUGCUGUCAGCUGACUGCUCCGAGCUCGGGCUCUCGGUGGUGCCGGGGGACCUGGACCCCCUGACUGCUUACCUAGACCUCAGUAUGAACAACCUCACAGAACUGCAGCCCGGUCUCUUCCGACACCUGCGCUUCCUGGAGGAGCUGCGGCUCUCUGGGAACCAUCUCUCACACAUCCCCGGACAGGCGUUCUCCGGCCUCCACAGCCUGAAAAUCCUGAUGCUGCAGAGCAACCAGCUCCGAGGGAUCCCAGCAGAGGCACUGUGGGAGCUGCCCAGUCUGCAGUCACUGCGCCUAGACGCAAACCUCAUCUCCCUGGUCCCCGAGAGGAGCUUUGAGGGGCUGUCUUCUCUCCGCCACCUUUGGUUGGAUGACAAUGCACUCGCUGAGGUCCCAGUCAGAGCCCUCAACAACCUUCCUGGACUGCAGGCUAUGACGUUGGCUCUCAACCACAUCCGCUUCAUUCCCGACUACGCCUUCCAGAACCUCACCAGUCUUGUGGUCCUGCAUCUGCAUAACAACCGCAUCCAGCAUGUGGGGACCCACAGCUUCGAGGGGCUGCAUAAUCUGGAGACACUAGACCUGAACUAUAACGAGCUGCAGGAAUUCCCCGUGGCCAUCCGGAGCCUGGGCAGGCUGCAGGAACUGGGUUUCCAUAACAACAACAUCAAGGCUAUCCCGGAGAAGGCCUUCAUGGGCAACCCCCUCCUGCAGACAAUACAUUUUUAUGACAACCCAAUCCAGUUUGUGGGAAGGUCGGCGUUCCAGUACCUGUCUAAACUGCACACGCUGUCCUUGAAUGGUGCCACUGACAUCCAGGAAUUCCCAGACCUCAAAGGCACCAGCAGCCUGGAGAUCCUGACCCUGACCCGAGCAGGCAUCCGGCUGCUCCCACCGGGAAUGUGCCAACAGCUGCCCAGGCUCCGAAUCCUGGAGCUGUCUCAUAAUCAGAUUGAAGCGCUGCCCAGCCUGCACAGGUGUCAGAAGUUGGAGGAAAUUGGCCUCCAGCACAACCGGAUCUGGGAAAUUGGUGCUGACACCUUCAGCCGGCUGAGCUCCUUACAAGCUCUAGACCUGAGCUGGAACGCCAUCCGGGCCAUCCACCCUGAGGCCUUCUCAGCCCUGCACUCCUUGGUUAAGCUGGACCUCACCAACAACCAGCUGACCACACUGCCCCUGGCCGGGCUUGGCGGCCUGAUGCACCUGAAGCUCAAAGGGAACUUGGCCCUGUCUCAGGCCUUCUCCAAGGACAGUUUCCCAAAACUGAGGAUCCUGGAGGUACCAUAUGCCUACCAGUGCUGUGCCUAUGGAAUCUGUGCCGGCUUCCUGAAGACCUCUGGGCAGUGGCAGGCUGAGGACUCUCGCCUGGAGGAAGAAGACACACCCAAGAGGCCCCUGGGUCUCCUCGCUGGACAAGCUGAGAACCACUAUGACCUAGACCUGGACGAGCUCCAGUUGGAGAGGGAGGACUCCAAGCCACAACCCAGUGUCCAAUGCAGCCCUGUUCCAGGCCCCUUCAAGCCCUGCGAGCAUCUCUUUGAGAGCUGGGGCAUCCGCCUUGCGGUGUGGGCCAUCGUGCUGCUCUCGGUACUCUGCAACGGGCUGGUGCUGCUGACGGUCUUCGCCGGCGGGCCGGGCCCGCUGUCCCCGGUCAAGCUGGUGGUGGGCGCGAUCGCAGGCGCCAACGCCUUGACCGGCGUGUCGUGCGGUCUCCUGGCCUCGGUGGACGCCUUGACCUUCGGCCAGUUCGCCGAGUACGGCGCCCGCUGGGAGAGCGGGCUAGGCUGCCAGGCCACGGGCUUCCUGGCCGUGCUGGGGUCGGAGGCGUCGGUGCUGCUGCUCACGCUGGCCGCCGUGCAGUGCAGCGUGUCGGUGACCUGCGUCCGCGCCUACGGCAAGGCGCCGGCUGCGGGCAGCGUGCGCGCGGGCGCGCUCGGGUGCCUGGCGCUGGCCGGGCUGGCGGCCGCGCUGCCGCUGGCGUCGGUGGGCGAGUACGGCGCGUCCCCGCUCUGCCUGCCCUACGCCCCGCCCGAGGGCCGGCCGGAUGCCCUGGGCUUCGCCGUGGCCCUGGUGAUGGUCAACUCGCUCUGCUUCCUGGUGGUGGCCGGCGCCUACAUCAAGCUCUACUGCGAGCUGCCGCGCGGCGACUUGGAGGCCGUGUGGGACUGCGCCAUGGUGCGCCACGUGGCCUGGCUCAUCUUUGCCGACGGCCUCCUCCACUGCCCCGUGGCCUUCCUGAGCUUCGCCUCCAUGCUGGGCCUCUUCCCGGUCACGCCCGAGGCCGUCAAGUCCGUCCUCCUGGUGGUGCUGCCCCUGCCCGCCUGCCUCAACCCGCUGCUCUACCUGCUCUUCAACCCGCACUGCCGGGAGGACCUGCGGAGGCUCCGCCCGAGCCCGCGCUCCCCGGGGGCCCCGGCCUACGCUGCUGCUGCUGCUGCUGCUGCUGCUGCUGCAGCUGCUGCAGCCGCCGCGGAGCUGGACAAGAGCUCCUGCGACUCCACCCAGGCGCUGGUGGCCUUCUCGGACGUGGACCUGAUCCUGGAAGCUGCCGAGGCCGGGCAGCCUCCUGGGCUAGAGAGCCGCGGCCUCCCCGCAGUGACCCUCGUCUCCCGCCAGCAGCCGGGGGCCACCGGGCUGGAGGGAAAUCGCUUUGUAGAGCCCGAUGGAAGCCAGUUUGGGAACCCACAGGCUCCCGUGGACGGAGAUCUGCUGCUGAGGGCGGAGGGAACCGUGUUGGCAGGCCGAGGCUCCGCGGCUGCGGCGACUGGAGUCUUCUGGCCCUCUGGGUCCCUCUUUGCCUCUCACUUGUAAAUGCCCUUCCUUGUUCAUCCUCUCCUCUCUCAA